CUUCAAUAAAGACGUAUUCUGGCGCCACGCCUAGUUGUCCAUUGUCAAGUUUCGUGAGCUCUACCAUUACUAAGCCUCAGGCUCUGAGUCGGAGUCUAGGCUCUCUACUCUUGGGGCCUUCGGCCUGAUCGAGGCUGAAAACGUCUACGUUGUGCUCAGCAAUCAAAAACUUGAAAAAGGAGCAGUUGAGCUAUUACCUGCAACGCGAAGCUCCCCUUUCCCGACGUGCAGUAGAAGAGGUGCUCUCAGCCAUUCAGGAUGUCGUUCAAUCCACUCGGAGCAGAGGCGUUCAACGGGGAUGAGGUGGCUCCUUUCUUUGGGUUCCUGGGAGCAGCUUCUGCCCUCAUCUUCGCCUGUGCUGGCGCUGCGUAUGGCACUGCCAAGAGCGGCGUGGGUGUUGCGUCCAUGGGCGUCAUGCGGCCUGAGCUGGUGAUGAAGUCCAUUGUCCCCGUGGUUAUGGCGGGAGUCCUGGGAAUCUACGGCCUCAUCAUCGCCGUCAUCAUCUCCACCGGCAUCAACCCCAAGGCAAAGCCGUACUACCUCUUCGACGGCUACGCUCAUCUUGCAUCUGGCCUGGCUUGUGGUCUGGCUGGCCUGUCUGCUGGGAUGGCAAUUGGAAUAGUUGGUGACGCAGGUGUCAGGGCGAAUGCACAGCAGCCGAAGCUGUUUGUUGGAAUGAUUCUGAUCCUCAUUUUCGCUGAAGCUCUUGCCCUUUACGGACUGAUCGUGGGUAUCAUCCUGUCUUCCCGUGCUGGGCAGUCGCGAGGUUAGCAAGCUUCUUUGGUGUCUUGUCUGAUCAGGGAACAAUCUGCUUCAUUGCGACGCAAAGCGCAUCUUUAUCAUGGACAGGACUCAUGGGAAGUCUGAGGUGUUAAACCGCGCUGUACAUGUUGAACAACAAUAUCAUUUGAUUGAAGUGCUGACUCUUGGCACAACUUGAAAAAGUUGCUUAAAUACGCUCAAGUUCUGUAUACUCACGCCUUGGUUGAAGCUCAAGAGCAUCUUACAAAAGAGGGAUGUGAAUAGACUCUGCGUCAAUUUGCAAGUACAAUUGUCUCAGGUCGGUGAUUACAUCAUGCUCAAUUCAUAU